AUGGGAGGUUGCCAGUCGUGCUUCGGCCGGCGGGACAAGGACGACUACGACGAGACUGAAGAAUCGCGACUUUUGUACGACGACGUCAACGGAAUGCAGUAUGGCAGCUUCAACGACCCAACUCUGAAUGGCGACGACACGGUCGAGGCACAACGCGAGCAUGAAGCCUUGCAGAGGGUAGUGGCCAAGACGUCAAAUAACAUGGUGGAUGUUUUUGAAACUGGGCCUCACGACACCGGUGGCCGCGGUGGUGCCUCGACGCCCUUUGCGUAUGCGGGACAGGGCGCGAGAGUCGCUCGCUACCAGCAUUUAGUAUCCAAGUUGAACAAUGACGAGGAGUGCUUUGCCCACGGAGUCAAGGUGGAUUGGCUGACCGACGACGACGACGACGACGACGAGAACCUCGAGAUGCGAAGCAACCGGCCAGCAAGCAUCAAGACUUUGGAAGACGAGAACGGCGGUCCACUCGUUGGCACUUUUGCGGACGCGGCGGCAGCUAUGAGAUGA